AGGGUCCUGGAGCCUCGGUCAGAGCGGGAGAGCAGCGUCUGCAGCCACUGCACAGGCGCUUUCAGCCUCCGGCUGCGGGGCGGCGCUCCACCCGCUCCACCGCCUCCCCGCAGCCGGGGCGGCCCAUCUUGGUCCGGGACAGCAGGGUGACGCUGGUUGCCGGUGUGGUGUGAGGGUUGGUGUCGCCAGCGGAGGUGAAGCCGGUGAGGGGGGAUCCCAGCCCUGCGACGGGGACCGUUCCCUUUCCUCCGUCAGGCAUCGCUCACCCCGCACCACCGACGCGUCCGCCUGUGGAGGCGCACCCACCGCCCCCCCCGCGCCCCUCAGCUGGGCGGGGGCACGUCCAGAGCCGGCCGGUGUACGGGGCGGCCACUUAAAGGUAUUCCCUGAUGCUGUGGUUGCUACCCUGGCAUGGCUGACUUCCUGGCUGCGUUGUGUGACUCUGAUCCUUCUAACCCAUUUCCACUGUGGCAAAAUGGUAGCGUUGGAUACUGCUUCACUCAGCUAGUUCUCAAUGUGGUGCCACAUGCUGCCCUGGCCUUUGCCAGUGCUUGUUAUCUUAACACCCCUCGAUCUCGCUGGCAGAAUUUCGCAUGGAGCUGGGAAUGCAGGAUUAUCAUUUCUUUCGUUAUGUUGGCUCUUUUCCUCAUUGACGUGGUGGCAAUCAUCUUUUUUCCAAACCUGAAUACUCUAUGGCUGGAGGUGUUGGUGGACUCUGUUGCUGUGGUAGCCUGGCUUGUUCAUGGACUGGCAAUGAUAGCACUCAGCAGAUCGCAGUAUGGACGCUCGUUAGGUCCAACAGUACUGAUGAUCUUUGCCAUCCUGCCUGCCCCUGCGUUAAUUAUCAUUCUGGUAGCUGAUUGUCAGAAUGGACAAGUCACAUGCUCAGAAUACCUCUCAAGCUGGCUGCGAUUCAUUUUGAUCAGUGCAGAAUUAAGUUUGCUUCUUGCUUAUAUCGUUGUGCUUGUUGCCUCCCACUCUAGAAGAGACGAACAGGGUUCUGAACGGGAGCCCCUGUUGCAGGGUGUGAGUACCGGACCUGAGGAACAGAUUGCAGCCGAGGAGGGGACGAGUUGGGUCUCUCGCCUCUUCUACUUCUGGAUGAACCCCCUGAUGAAGCAAGGGUAUAAUCGUCAGAUUGCCCAGCCCAACAAUGUCUACCAGCUUCCGCCAAAACUUCGCACCGAAACCAUUGAAGAACUUUAUCGCAAAUGCUGGCAGAGGUGUGCACUCAUAGCAUCAAAGAAGGAAACUAAGCAACCUGGACAGAAACCUCAACCUGAUAGGAGUCGGAGCCCCCAUGGAAAUUCAUGGAGUGAUCGAAGAUGGUCUGGGGCGAGCCAGGAAGAGAGCACGCCUGCAAACAAAGACACGGAAGUGCGCCUGUUGUCGGUCUUGCACAAAGCCUUUGGAUUUCGUUAUUACUCCCUGGGGAUAUUGAAGUUUAUGGGCAACAUGUUAGGCUUUGCAGGACCUCUGCUUUUAAACCUGCUGGUCAGUUUCAUGGAGUCUGGCACCAAGCAGAUGACAAAGGGCAUCUGGUACACACUGGGACUGUUCCUGAGCACCUUUGCAGGUGCCGCCAUCCUCAACCAAUUCAACUAUCAAGUCAUGAUGGUUGGCAUGUCAGUUCGGGCAGCUCUGAUCUCUGCCAUCUAUCGCAAAGCCUUGCGUGUCAAUGCCACUACUCUGUCCAGAUUCUCCGUGGGUGAGAUUGUCAACUUCAUGAGCACUGACACAGACCGGAUAGUGAAUUUCUUUCCCAGCUUUCACGAGGUGUGGAGCCUACCAUUUCAGUUUAGUAUCACUCUGUACCUUCUGUACCAGCAGGUUGGUGUGGCUUUCCUAGGGGGCCUUAUUCUAGGGUUACUACUGGUACCAAUAAACAAGAUCAUUGCCAACAUCAUAAUGGAGAAUAACAAGAAAAUGCUCGGGCAUAAGGAUUCCAGAGUCAUGCUGAUGACUGAGGUUCUGUUUGGAAUGCGGAUAAUAAAGUUCUACACCUGGGAAGACCACUUCAUUGAAAAAGUUGAUAAUUACAGGAAGAAGGAGCUGCACCAUCUCAGAAUCAUUAAGUAUCUCGAUGCAGUUUGUGUUUACAUGUGGGCAGCCCUUCCCGUCGUGAUCUCCAUAGUCACCUUUGUCACCUACACCCUGAUGGGACACCAGCUUACUGCAGCCAAGGUGUUCACAGCCUUGGCUUUGGUGGGAAUGCUGAUCAUGCCCCUGAAUAACUUCCCCUGGGUCCUGAAUGGGAUAUUGCAGGCAAAGGUCUCCUUGGAUCGGAUCCAGCGCUUCUUGUUGCUCUCUGACCAGGAUCUCCGCACCUACUACAGGGCAGGCAGACCCGAUGAUCCUAACUCAGCAAUUGAGCUGCAUAACGCUACCUUCUCCUGGAAACCCAGUGAAACUUCUGAUGAUCAAAGUAAUGGGAAUGGCGAGACUGAGCAAGACAGCAGCCUGAUGCUCUUGAAUCUGAAUCUGAUGUUGACAAAGGGGCAGCUGAUAGGAAUUGUUGGGAAAGUGGGCUGUGGCAAGAGCUCACUGUUAGCAGCAAUAAUGGGAGAACUCAACAGGCUUGAGGGAGAAGUGUACAUCUCAACACAAGUGGAAGGCUUUGGCCUAGCUGCUCAGGAGUCCUGGAUUCAGUUUGCUACAAUCCGUGAGAACAUACUAUUCGGAAAUCAAUUUGAUGCCAAGCGUUACCGGGAGGUGAUCGAGGCAUGUGCGCUCUUGGAGGAUCUUGAGGUCCUGCCGAAUGGUGACCAGACGAGCGUUGGAGAAAGUGGAGUGACUCUCAGUGGUGGGCAGAAAGCCCGCAUUGCCUUGGCCAGAGCAGUUUACAUGGACAAAGAUGUGUACCUUCUUGAUGACCCACUAGCUGCAGUGGAUGCAGACGUGGCCAAUCGCCUCAUGAAGAACUGUAUCCUGGGAAGUUUGAAAAAUAAGACCGUUAUCCUUUGCACACACCGGACGGAAUUUUUGGAAGAAGCUGACAUGGUGGUGAUGAUGGAAAAUGGGCGGAUAGUAAAAACGGGUACCCCUGAGGAAGUCCUGAAAACAGAAGAGGAAAAUGCCAAGACCAAAAAAAAGUCAAAAAAGAAAGCUGCAGCAAAGGAAAAAGGCCCGGAAGUGGACGAGAAGGAGAUGGAGGAGGAGCAGAAAGAGCCAGCUGAAGAAACUAUGGAGGUCCAACUGGAGGCCAGAGAGGACGAAGACGAGGAGAAGAAGGUGGGAACCGUGGCCCUGAAUGUGUACCGAUCAUACUGGCUGUCGAUUGGCAGAUGGCUGGCAUUCCUCAUACUCUUCUCAAUGUUCCUCAUGCAAGCCACUCGUAACUUGUCCGAUUGGUGGCUCUCCCACUGGAUCUCUCACCUGCAGAACAAAAAUGGCUCCAUACCAAGCAACCAUUCAACGUGGGACUAUUCCCGACAGAAGAUGCGAUUCAUUCGGUCCCUCUCCAUACAAGAACUGUCACCAGAUGUCAAAUUGUUCCUGAUAAUUUUUGGUGGCAUUGCUGCUGCAAACACUGCAUUCACGGCAGUUCGAGCCUUUCUCUUUGCCUGUGGUGCUAUCCAUGCCGCUGUGGUUAUUCACAACAAACUUUUACUUCGUGUAAUGAAGGCCACAACGUCGUUUCUUGACACAACUCCCAUUGGACGCAUUGUGAACCGUUUCUCUACAGACCUCUACAGUGUGGACGACACGCUUCCCUUCAUCCUCAACAUCUUCCUGGCCACUCUGUAUGGCCUGCUGGGCAUGGUGCUGAUGAUCAGCUACAGUCUGCCAUGGAUCAUGCUGAUCCUGGUGCCGCUGGGCAUCAUUUACUUCUACCUGCAACGCUACUACCGCUUCACUUCCAGGGAGCUCAAGCGCCUGACUGCCAUCACUCUCUCCCCAAUCUAUACACAGUUCUCCGAGACACUGAAGGGUCUCACCACUGUCCGGGCAUCGCGGGCCAUCGUCAGGUUUGAGAAGGAGAACAGCCGUCGCCUUGAACUGAACCAGCGCUGUCUUUACGCUGCCAAUACUGCCAUGCAGUGGCUCGACAUCAGGCUGCAGAUGAUUGCUGUUACUGUAGUGACGUCCAUCGCUGUCAUUGCUGUCAUUGAGCACAGCCUGAGCCGUGGCAGUCCUGGCCUCGUGGGUCUCGCGCUGUCCUACGCCCUGUCAAUCACAAACCUACUCUCCGGAGCCAUUUCUAGCUUCACACAAACUGAAACACAGAUGGUGAGUGUGGAGCGCUUGGAUGAGUAUACCACCGAAAUUCCCAGUGAGCCUCAGGAUGACUCUGUUGAGGUGUCUUCCACAUGGCCACAGCGUGGUCUGAUCUUAUUCCAAGAUGUGGUCCUUGUGUAUCGGCCCGGACUACCGACUGUGCUCAACGGAAUUAACGUCAAGAUUAAUCCUGGUGAGAAAGUUGGGAUUGUGGGACGGACAGGUUCAGGAAAGUCCUCUCUCUUCCUGGCAUUAUUUCGGAUGGUGGAGUUGACUGAGGGUCAGAUUUUCAUCGACAGUGUUGACACUCGAACUGUCAGUUUGUUAGAACUUCGAUCAAGGAUGGCUAUUAUCCCACAGGAUCCAUUCCUGUUCAGUGGCACAGUGCGCGAAAACCUGGACCCACUGACCCACCACACGGACCAGGAGCUAUGGGACGUGCUUCACCAGUGUCACCUACUGGAGGUCACCCACAGAAUGGGUGGAUUAAACGCAGAGCUGGGUGAGAGAGGGAAGAAUUUAUCCAUCGGACAGAAGCAACUGAUGUGCCUGGCGAGGGCACUUCUCACAAAAAGUAAGAUUCUGUGCAUCGAUGAAGCCACAGCCAGUGUGGACCAGAAAACAGAUCAGCUGCUGCAGGAGACAAUACGAAGGCAGUUUGCAGAGAAAACAGUAUUAACGAUCGCCCACAGGAUUAACACAAUAAUGGAUUCUGACCGAGUCUUGGUGAUGGACGCUGGCACAUUGAAGGAGUUUGACUCACCGGACGUUCUCUCUGAGGACCGGGAUUCCUACUUCUACCAUCUCAUACACAGUGAUGAGCUGUAGUGGAGGUGCUGUAGCCCCCGGAUGACAUGCCCACCAUGGACUCAGGUCUUAGCUCUGUCUGCACUUAACGUUCGCAGAGCUGACGGUCUGGGUUAGGGAGCCAGGAAGCUAAAUGCACCGUCUGCACUUCAAGCAGCAAAGGGAAAACACAAGGCACAGGGUUUGAAAUAUAUUGGAGAUGGUGAGAAUGAUGCUGAUGGUGUCUGAUCCUCAGUUACCUGGCCUUUCGCUUGGGCUGGGAACCAUAAUCCAUCUGAGGAAAAAGCUACUGUGUCCUUCCAUUCACUCUGGUAAUGACUGACCAAUCUACCUCCUUCCUGCAGUUCUCCACGUUGCCCCUUUACCCUGUUCCUGUCUCACUCUCACUCCCUCUUGCAACUUCCCCUCAUUACUCGCUCCGUUUCUCCCUCUCCGAGAUUCCGCAUUCAUUCUCAUGGCCCCCUCAGACCCUCGCGUACCUCUCAUGUCCUGCACAACAUCCUGUUCAUUCCUUGCACUCUCACACUUACCUCUCCAGCCCUGGUUGUGUUGAGUUUCUUUUGUUCCCUUUUGUUAACUUUUCUCCCCUCCCUGUGCCUGCCCUUCAUUGCCUUCCACCAUUCACUGUGAUGGGGCUCAUGAUGCUGCUCAAUGAUGCAAUCUUCUUGGUAACUGCCGUUUCUACUGACAGAGCCACCCAGGGCAGAACUGAGUGGGCUGUUACCUAAUUUAGCCCAUUGACCACGCACCUGCUUGGUUGGGUGCACUUGUGUUCUCCUGGGUCUCUCAGUCCCAUGAUCUGUCUGCUGUUGCAAUGACAUUUGAUAAUGGAGGGUAUAUGCAUGAAUGUCUGAUAACUGAUCAGCUUGUAGACUUGUUGUUGGGGUGCCUUCUCUUCGGUGAAUCAGUCAUGAGACCCCUGUACUGUAUAAAUAAAUUCAGCACCCACACAGACUUCC